CGGAGGACCACCGCGGCGCCCGCCAGCACCACCGCCUCGGCCGCCACGGCCACCUCCGUGCCGCUGCAGACUAAGGGGGUCACCGCGGCCCUGGACCCCAGGAGCAGGAUCCAGGUUGGGGUUAGCACAACAGAGCCUUCCACCAGUCCCAGCAGAGACAGCGGGAAAGACACCCAGCCCCCGCGGAUUCUGGGGGAGACCUCAGGUCUGGCUGUCCAUCAGAUUGUCACCAUCACCGUCUCCCUCAUCAUGGUCAUAGCUGCUCUGAUUACAACUCUUGUCUUAAAAAACUGCUGUGCCCAAAGCGGGAACACUCGGAGGAACAGCCACCAGCGGAAGAUGAACCAGCAGGAAGAGAGCUGUCAGAACCUGACGGACUUCACGCCCGCCCGGGUGCCCAGCAGCCUGGACAUAUUCACGGCCUAUAACGAGACCCUGCAGUGCUCACACGAGUGUGUGCGGGCGUCGGUGCCCGUGUACACCGACGAGACGCUGCACUCGGCGGGGGAGUACAAGUCCACCUUCAACGGGAACCGACCCUCGUCCUCCGAUCGGCACCUCAUUCCUGUGGCCUUCGUGUCUGAGAAGUGGUUUGAAAUCUCCUGCUGACUGGCGAAGUCCUUUUCACCUCCCGGGGGCAGGGCAGACGCCAUGUGUCUGUUUCACGG